GGCGACGUCUAUUUCGAUUAAAAGCGACUCAGCGUCCAGGGCUCUUCUCGAGGGAACCCCCGCCCGCACCACCACCACCAUGCCCAACUUCUCCGGCAACUGGAAGAUCAUCCGAUCGGAAAACUUCGAGGAUUUGCUCAAAGCGCUGGGGGUGAAUGUGAUGCUGAGGAAGAUCGCGGUGGCUGCAGCCUCCAAGCCAGCAGUGGAGAUCAAACAGGACGGAGACACUUUCUACAUCAAAACCUCAACCACCGUGCGCACCACGGAGAUCAACUUCAAGAUCGGGGAGGAGUUUGAGGAGCAGACUGUGGAUGGGAGACCCUGUAAGAGCCUGGUAAAAUGGGAGACCGAGAACAAAAUGGUCUGUGAGCAGAGACUUCUGAAGGGAGAGGGCCCCAAGACCUCGUGGACCAGAGAACUGACCAAUGACGGGGAGCUGAUUCUGACCAUGACAGCGGAUGACGUGGUGUGCACCAGGGUCUACGUUCGAGAGUGA